CAUUUGAUUACUUGUCAAUUAGUGCAAUUAGUCGUUAUUCAAUUAAGGUUGCUGGACUUUUGGUCGGCCGCAAUAAUGUUUCCUUGCCGUCUACUUGCAAAUUGCAAUGUGGUGUUUGUGAAAAUUACUGAGCUUUUACAUACACUAUUUCUAUGAAUCUUAUUGUCCAGUCUAAGAUUUCGAACAGGCAUUAGGCUUACCUCAGUUGAUACGAAGAUGGCAGCUACCAACAAAGAUGAUGUUUCUACCAACUAUGAUAGAAAAAGUGAACUGAAAGCUUUUGAUGACACAAAGGAAGGUGUCAAAGGCCUUGUUGAUGCUGGCAUCGCCGAGAUUCCUCGGAUCUUUUAUCAUCCACCUGAUGAGUACUCCAUUAACAAUACCUCUGAUUCAGAAGAAGCCCAGUUUAGUAUUCCAGUCAUAGACCUCAAGGGCCUCUCAGAUCCAACUAAACGAAAGGAGAUCGUUGCAGACGUUGCAGAAGCAUCAGAAUCUUGGGGCUUUUUUCAAAUUGUCAAUCAUGGAAUACCUGUUGAUGUGCUUGAGGAGAUUAAGGAUGGGGUACGUGGUUUCUUUGAGCAGGAUACUGAAGUGAAGAAACAGUUAUAUAUUCGUGAUAACUACAGUAUCCCAUUCGUCUACAAUAGCAACUUUGAUCUGUAUAGUGCACCAGUGACUAAUUGGAGGGAUACUUUUAGAUGUAACAUGACUCCUACUCCUAAGACAGAGGACUUGCCAGAAGUAUGCAGAGAGAUACUUGUUGAAUACUCAAAUCCACUAAUGAAUUUGGGGAAGCUAUUGUUUGAGUUGUUGUCUGAGGCUCUUGGGCUAGAGCUAAGUCACUUGAAUGACAUAGAUUGUAACAAGGGGCUUCUGGUUAUAGGCCAUUACUAUCCUGCUUGUCCACAACCAGAAUUAACAAUAGGAACAAGCAAGCAUGCAGAUAAUUCCUUCAUCACUGUCCUUCUGCAAGAUAAUAUUGGUGGUCUUCAAGUCCUUCAACAUAACAUGUGGAUUGAUGUACCCCCUGUACCGGGUGCCCUAGUGGUUAACAUAGGAGAUUUUCUACAGCUUAUAUCCAAUGACAAAUUCAAGAGUGUAGAACACAGGGUACUGGCAAACCAUAGAGGUCCCAGAAUAUCGGUUGCGGGUUUUUUCAGCACUGGACUGCUGCCAUUGACAAAGCUCUACGGACCAAUUAAGGAGUUAUUAUCAGAAGACAAUCCUCCAAAGUACAGGGAGACCACUUUAAGGGACUAUCAUGCAUACUACAGAGAAAAAGGCCUUGAUGGGAGGUCUGCGUUGUCUUAUUAUAAGCUUUGAACUAGAGACAGAGGAGCCCCUGCCAUAAACACAAGGUGUCAUAGUAAAUUACCCUCUUGUAGUAUUACUCUUCAGGCAUACAAUUAGUUUCUAUCAUUGUAAUAGUUAUAUGAGUGAUGUACUUGUCACUUAUGUGUUUGGCUAUGACUUCCUACUUUCUUAAUCGUUUGCAAAUGAAAUUCUAAAGAAGAUCGAGAAGAGCUUGU